AUGCAAGAGCUACGCCAUAGGGUCCAAAACCUAGAACGACAGCUAGCCGAUCAAGAGCAUGAUCGACGAACCACCGAUCCUAGUUACUCCCCAACCCCUGAAAGACGGGAGGGAGGUUCCCACCGGAGUCGCUCCCGGCACGCCUCCGCCUCCAGAACGGAAGCGGAGAGCACCCGAGAAGAUUCACCCAUCCCGAGAAGGCGAAACGACACAAUCAUCUACUCCCGAGGCAAGGAAACGCGCCACACGGGACGAGAUCACGAAGACGGAGAAGGGAGGCUUGUGAGAACACGACGACCCGUGAUAAUGGGCGCCACCCCGUUCCAUCGAUCCAUCCUUGAGGUCCGGUUGCCAAAGCACUUCGACAAACCAACGAACAUGAGGUACGAUGGAACCCAAGACCCUCUAGAACAUCUCACGGCUUUCGAGGCUAGAAUGAAUCUGGAGGGAGUAGGAGACGAGGUGAGGUGCAGGGCCUUCCCGGUCACCCUGGCCGGACCUACGAUUCGAUGGUUUAACGGCCUCCCGCAGGGAUCCAUCUAUGGGUUUUCAGACAUCAGCCGUGCCUUCUUGGCUCAAUUCACAACACGAAUAGUAAAGGCAAAACACCCGAUCAACCUGCUCGGGACAACCCAAAGGCCCGGGGAGCCAACCAGGAAAUACCUGGACCGGUUCAACGACGAAUGCUUGGAAAUCGACGGCCUAACCGACUCGGUGGCCAGUCUCUGUCUGACGAACGGCCUCUUAAAGGAGGACUUCCGAAAACACCUCACCACGAAACCGGUUUGGACGAUGCACGAAAUCCAAACGAUAGCUAAGGAAUACAUAAAUGACGAGGAAGUCAGUCAGGUCGUGGCUGCCAAUAAACGGCACCCUGGCUACACUCAACCUAGGCAACAAGCCGAGAAAGGAAUCUUGUCGAAGCUCCGACCACUCAAGGACCGUACGGGGGGAAACAAGAGCCUUUACUGUGACUACCACAAGGGCUAUGGGCACCAAACACAGGACUGUUUUGACCUGAGGGAUGCACUAGAACAAGCCAUAAGGGACGGUAAACUCUUAGAGUUCUCCCAUCUCAUAAGGGAGCCGAGGAGGCGACAUCGCGACCAAGACGAGGAAGGCAAGACCCGGUCGGCGAAGCGGCGACAAGAGCCAGAAGACAAAGACCACGGUCUCACCGUGAUAAACAUAGUAACCGCCAAAAACACUGCACCAAGGUCGAGAUCGGCGCACAAGAAAGAUGCCAAGAUCUUAGCAGUCUCCUGCGCGCCGACGCGAAGCUCUAAGAAGCCCCCAUCUAUCUCCUUCGGCCCGGAAGAUCAGUGGUUCGACGAGGCCCCUGAAAAUCCACCCAUGGUCAUCACGGCCAGGGUGGGAACAGGCCUCGCAAAAUGA